UGCCCAGAAGCGCAUGCGCAAGGCGCACCCAGAAACACCCGCGUCUGUCUGCGGCGUCUUCCGGCGUCUUCCCGCGUCUUCCGCGUCUUCCGCGUCUUUCUCGUCCACCACCACAACCGCCCGCACCUUUCUCUGGAGCUCGUGGUUUUCCUACAGCCUUUCUUUUCCACGGCCUUCUGGUCACUCAGUCGCUGCUCAGUAGCCAGAGCCUCUGAAGAGCCGUCAGCAUGGCCUCAAACGACACUUUCUACAUCACCACAGAAAACUCGGAGAUGUCUACAAAUAUUGUGGAGCUGCGCCAGAUCCAUAUGGAGACUAUCCCUGUGGAGACCAUCCCUGUGGAGACCAUCCCUGUGGAGACAAUCCCUGUGGAGACCAUGGCGUUGGAAUCGAUCGAGGGGUGUGAGGAUAUCAGCGGCAGUUGGGUCCACGGCGGUCACCACCAGCUGCCUCUGAUGGCGCUGCAGCCUCUCGUUAUCAGCAGCCCAAACCCAGGGGACCACGACCAGGAAAUGAUCAUGGUGCAAACGCAGGAGGAGGUGGUGGGCUAUUUCGAGUCCGAUAACCUGCAGGCCGGCAAUGUGGAGAACCAGAUACUCAUCCCGGUCGACGAUGACGCCUUCCAGCAGACCUUGGCUUCCCUGGCAGCCUCUGCAUCGUCCUCGGCCCACAGCCACAGCCGGACCCGCAGCAGCCAAGGCAAGAAGCCCAGCGGUAAAAAGAGUUGCGCCGGCAGCAAGGCCGAGGCGGCAAGCAGCUCCAAGGUAGUCACCAAGAAGUGGGAGCAGAAGCAGGUGUCGAUCAAAACCCUGGAGGGCGAGUUCUCUGUCACCAUGUGGUCUGCCAACAAUAACACAGACCUUAAGACUGGACAGACUGAGGAGCACCCGGCUCCCAAUUUUUCAGAGAACAUGACCGAGAAGAAACUUCCUCCUGAAGGAAUCCCUGGCGUCGACUUCUCAGAUCCCAAACAACUGGCAGAAUUUACUCGAAUGAAGCCCCAAAAUACCAAAGACGAGACUCCGAGAACAAUAGCUUGCCCUCACAAAGGCUGCAUGAAGAUGUUCAGGGAUAACUCUGCAAUGAGAAAACAUCUGCACACCCAUGGUCCCAGAGUCCACGUAUGUGCAGAGUGUGGCAAAGCUUUUGUUGAGAGCUCGAAACUAAAACGACAUCAACUGGUGCAUACUGGAGAGAAACCUUUUCAGUGCACCUUCGAAGGCUGCGGAAAACGCUUUUCCCUAGAUUUCAAUUUGCGUACACACGUGCGAAUCCAUACGGGAGAGAAGCCCUUCGUGUGCCCCUUCGAUUGUUGCAAUAGGAAGUUUGCUCAGUCAACCAACCUGAAGUCUCAUAUCUUAACACACGUUAAGAAUAAGAAGAGCCAGUGAAACGGAGAGAAGACCCUGCUCAAGCUCAAAAAGCAUCUUCCAGGAAUGUGAUUGGAAAUAAAAAUGCCUUUUUCGUAUAAUGUUUCUAGGAAAGAAUUUUUUUUAAUGAUUCUUAUACAUCUAAGGGUCAGGUUUUGAUAGAGUAGUAAAAGUAAAAUUAAAAGGUUAAAAAAAUAAUUCUUUAUAUGAAAUAAUACUGUUAAGAUGCUCUGUCUUGUUCUGAAAUACCGUUUGAAAAACGUGUUUUUGUAAUGUUUGGUCCCAACAGGAGGAUAAUUCAUGAACCUCACUCACAUCAAAAGACAGUUCUUUAUACAACUGUAUGAAAAAUGGGACUUCUCUUCACAUUCUUUUAAAUAUGAAGUUCACAUAUUGCUUACAGUUUUUUUAAAGUUCUGUAUUUUCUAAAUGUUCAUGUUUAUACUUUUAGGAAUAUGUUUAGUAAUUCUUGAUACGGUUUUUCUGGAGGUUGAUAACUUUGCAGAUUGGUUUUAAAAGAAUGAAUGGUUACAUGCAUACUUAAAGUAUUUACUGUUUAAAAACGUUAUAUAGUCUUUUUGCUAUCUUAAUUUUGGUUAUAUUCUUUGAUAUUGACACAUUUUGCAUACUAUCUUUUAGCUGCUUUGGAUUAUGUAGUAUUGAAUAUUAGAUGUGUGAUGUAAUAGUCAAUUUAAACCUAGUUUCGUCUUUUUAUUGCCCCCAAAUACUGCCAGGUGCUGUUGUUUAGUAUGAUUUCUUUGCCUGUUGAGCUAGAGAGUGGUGCUCAGUUGUAGAAUAUAUUGUGUAUGUAUUGACCUUUUAACACUUGGUACGUACAUCACUUGUAAUAGAAAAAGCAAAAAUAAAAUAGCUGUUCUAAAGAAAGAAAAAAAAAAGCUUGCCUAUAUAAAUGCUAUAGCUAGAAGAUAGAGAAAAUGAGGUUGGGGGUUGCCACUGGCAUCUGGUGGAUAGAGGCCAGGGAUGCUGCUAAACAUUUUACAAUGCAAA